AUGAAUAAAAUGAAAAGUACUAAAAUUGAAAACCCAAAAUAUAAAUUAAUGAAAUUGAUUGGAAAGGGGACAUUCGGAAAAGUAUAUUCUGCUAUUGAUAUGUCUACUCAAGAAGCAGUUGCAAUUAAAAGAUCUCCAAAAUGGAGAAAUAAAGUUUCAAGGGAAGUUGAUUUGUUAAAAAAAAUGAAUGGUAGUAAAAAUAUAGUUAAAAUAAAGUCUGUAUUUUACACCACUACCAAAAAAGGAUAUAGAAUUCAGAACAUUGUUUUUAAAUAUAUGACAUAUAGUUUGGGAAGAUAUAUAAGAAUGAAAAAACAAGAAAAACGAGAAAAUAAAUAUGAUAGAAUAAAACCAGAUGACUUAAAAAAUAUUAUUUAUCAAAUAUGUAUAGGGAUAAAAGAUCUACACAAAAAUGACUUUGCCCAUAGAGAUUUAAAACCAGAUAAUAUUUUAAUUGAUUUAGACUCUUCUAAUAUUAAAAUUGAAAUAUGUGAUUUAGGUUCAGCAAAAAAGGUUCAGAAAAAUAUUAUUUCUAUUCCUUAUAUUUGCUCACGUUGGUACAGAGCACCCGAAUUAUUAUGUGGAUCAAUGUUUUAUACGACGGAGGUUGACUUGUGGUCCCUCGGAUGUAUUAUUUUUGAAUUAAUAAAUCUAUGUCCGUUAUUCCCUGGGAAGUUUAAGAAGGAGGAAUAUUCAGAAGAAUGUUCUCAAAUUAUAAAUUUAAUUGAGGUCAUUGGUUCCCCACAAAUGAGUUUUUUUGAAAAUAUUAAAGAUCACACCAGUAAAAAAAAUACAUUACUUAUAAAGGAAUUAUGUGAAUUGGACAUAAAACCCUUAUGCUGGGACAAAAUUCUUGGAAGCAUAUUAGAAAUAGAGGAAAAGGAAUUAAUUAAUAUAAUAGAUGGGCUUUUAAAAUGGAAUCCAAAUGAAAGAUUAAAAAUAGAUGCCGUAUUAAGUAAUCCUUACUUUUCUACGUUAAACAAAUAG